AUGCCCAGCAGGGCUGUGCGGUACUCCCGCUACAGCCCCCAGCAGCGGCGGCGCCGGCUGCUGGCCUGUCGCUCCGUCCGCUUCUGCAACGACGUCCUCUUCCUGGACCACAUCCGCCAGGGGGACCUGGGGCAGGUGGGGCGCUUCAUCCGGGCACGGAAGGUGGCCCUGGACACCAUCUACCCCUCAGGCCUGGCGGCACUGCACCUGGCCGUGCUCUCGGGACGCCUGGAGUGUGUGCAGCUGCUGGUCAAGCUCGGAGCCGACAUCCAGCAGCCUGACGCCAAGGGCAGCACUGCCCUGCACGUGGCCUGCCGCAGCGGCUUCAGGGACAUCGCCAGGUACCUCAUUUCCCUGGGGGCCGACAGAGACGCAGCCGACCGCGACGGCCGCCGGCCCUCGGACCUCAUCGACCCUGAGUGCCAGGAGCUGGUGGAGCUCCUGGAGGGCAGCAGAGUGGACUGA